AUGGAUUCUACUGAAAGUAUCCAUGCUGUCGAUCCAGGGUUUUAUCAUCAUUUUGGUUUAGGUUUGGCUCUAAAACAACAUUUUAAGUAUAGUCCAAUAGAUAAUAUUGAAGUCAUUAAAGUAGUGAUUGGAAUUGACGGAUUACCCUUAGCCAAAAGUAGUAGUAGUCAAUUAUGGCCUAUUCUUGGUUAUGUACGCCCACUAAAGAAUAAAGUUUUUCCUAUCGGCAUAUAUUGGGGUUAUGAAAAACCAAAAGAUUCAAAUGAAUUUUUAAGAAAAUUUGUCGAUGAAUCCAAAAUAUUGACCAAUUGUGGUAUAACUAUUGAUGGUAUUACUAAACAAGUUCAAAUAGACGGUUUUAGCUUAGAUGCUCCAGCAAAAAGUUUUAUUUUAAAGAUAAAGGGACAUUCUGGAUUUGAUUCUUGUACCCGCUGUACAGUAGAAGGGGAGUACUUAAAAAACAGAACUUGUUUUCCUUAUUCUUCUACUAUGAUAAAACGUUCUCACAUUGAUUAUAUUAAUAGAAACUAUGAAGAACAUCAUGUUGAAAAUUCAAUUUCUAUAUUGGAAGAAUUGCCUAUUAAUAUUAUUAGCUCAUUUGGUCUCGAUUACAUGCAUUUGACCUGUCUUGGUAUUAUGCGCAAAUUAUUACAUUUAUGGGUUGCCAAAGGUCCUUUAAAUGUAAGAUUACCAAGCUCAGUAUCCAAGCAAUUAUCUUCAUCACUUUUGUCAUUAAGACCCUUCAUACCAUGUGAAUUUUCCCGAAAACCAAGAGGAUUAAAUGAUUUAAAUCGAUUCAAAGCUACCGAAUUACGACAAAUAUUAGUUUAUACGGGUCAAGUUGUUUUUAAAAAUAUUUUAAAUAACAAUUGCUAUAAACACUUUAUGGCAUUAAGUAUAGCUAUGAAUAUUUUAUUAACUAGCAACAUGGGCAACUAUGUAAAAUAUGCUCAAAAUUUAUUAUACUACUUUGUUCAAACUUUUGAAACUUUAUAUGGAAAACAUUUUAUGUCUUUUAAUGUUCAUGGGCUAGUUCAUAUUAGUGAUGAGUGA